CAUUCCCAUAUACGAAAGCCUUCAAACGAGUCCUCUAACGCUUCAGCUCUAUGCCUGGGUGGGAUUCAUUCUAAACGAAAAUUUUGUCUAAAUUAUAAAUGGUACAUGGUAAAAAAAAUAAAAGCUAGAAUCUAUGGAAGACAUCUGCGCUGCACCAGCACCUAAAAAAGUGCUUCCGUCAUUGUUGUUAGAUCCGUAUGCGAAACCCAAGAGAAAGGAGGAAGAAUUGCACAGUAGAAAACCUUGGAAAAAAGUCCUUUGGAGAAAACAAAAUUAUCCCGACAACUAUAUUGAUCAGUCCUUUUUAAGUGGUUUGCAGCGAAAUGUUAACAUUCAGGUAACUGAUUUUUGGUCGCUAGUAGCUGACAGCCUACCGAUUUCUCAGCAUUUAUCAAGUGUGAUGAUAUUUAUUGCCGUCUUUGUUGGAAUUCACAGAAAACAGCUGUCUUGCGGAAUCGUCGGGAUGAUAUCAAAUGUAAGCGCUGUAGGUGCUUUUAUACUCUGGGAUUUGGUGUUGAGCAAACCGUGCCAAAGUAGAUCCUUCCUCAAUUAUGCUGGCCUAAUAAAGUCUUGUAUCUUAAUUGUCCUUACCCUCGUUGGUUUAUCCCCGAUUCUCAUGUCUCUCACAAAAUCUACUUCUGAGGACUCCGUUUGGGCCAUCGCCGUAUGGCUGUUUCUCGCUAAUAUAUUCUUUCAUGAGUACUCUGUGGAUAGUAUUCAACCACACGUACGACUUCACAAUUCUUUAUCCACAAACGCCGCUUUAAGCGCUUCCGUGGUCCUGGCUUCUCGUUUGGAUAGAUCGAUACAUGUCUUUUUCUUCGUUCUUUCUGCCGUUCAUUGGUUUGCGCUGUUCCCCAUUUUUCGAAAAUACAUUCACUUUUACUCGUUUUAUGCUGAUAUGCUCAUGACUCUUGUCCUUAUAAUGACUGCCUACUUGUCCCUUUAUUUAGUCUCGUCGGUAAUUAUAGCGUUUGUUUUUCUUUCAUCCAUAUUCUUCAUAUCCUUUGUUUGCCCUAUUUGGUUUAUAAAACUUCAAAGGUUUAAAAACGAAAUUCAUGGUCCUUGGGACAUUGCUUUGCCAAAGUUGGGACCUAAUAAAGAUUAACAAGCCAUUAGUUUACAUCGGCUCUACCAACCUCUAUCUUACUUAUCCGAGGCUUUUCGCUUCUAUACCCAUUUUUUUCGUUUUAUACCUUUUCUCAAAUCCAUUAGAAAGGAAUCUUCUUCCAAACCCCUUCUUUAAUUUUUGUAUAUUCGUUCAUAAUCCCUCUAGUUUUUUAAUCUUGGUACUUUUCUUUGUUCCAAGUUGCCCCAAACAAAUUCAAGGCUGGUUCCAUCAAUGCAUUUCCUCAAUCUUUCUACUAAUGAAGUAUAUAUAAAUGUAUCAUCAUUUUUCGUGUUUCAUGAAAACUUGGGUUACUUGAUGUCAUUUUGUAUCUUUACUCAAAAGAAGCUUUAUUUAUUGAAGAAACUGAGCUGUCUACUUUUCUACGAAACUGUUUGGUCAAAUAGUAAUAACCCAAUUAACCCAGUACUGCAGAGCUUCAAUUUAUCCACCACUAGUUAUAAAACUCAGAAAUAAAUAAAACCUUUAAAAAACAUUUAAUUAAAUAAAGACAAUUCU